AGGAAGGAAGGAAGGAAAGAAGGAAGGAAGGAAGGAAGGAAGGAAAGACAGACAGACAGACAGGCAGACAGGGUCCAAAUCCCACCUUUCCCACUGUGUUCCCAAGAAGCACCUUAUAUUCCCUCUGCUUGCUCCCAGGGUGGAUCUGCACUGCUGAAUUGAUGCAGAUUGGUACCACUUCAGUUGCCAUGGCGAUGGAAUCCUGGGAAUUGUAGUUUGGCAAAGCACUGGCACUACUGGCAAAAGACGACUUAAGACCACCCAAAACUACAACUCCCAGGUCCCCCAUAGCAUUGAGCCAUGGGUUUCACAAGGUCUUUAGAGGGUUUGGGCCUCACAAAACUACUGCUCCCAGGAUUCUUUUGCAUUGAGCCAUGACAAUCAAAGUGUCGCCAAACUGCAUUCAUUUGACAGUCUGGAUUCAACCACUGCAAUGAUGUCCUGGGAAUUGCCAUUUUGGUGCACCUAUACAGUGGAAUGAAUGCAGUUUGGCACCACUUUCAACGCCAUGAAUAUAGAUAUAAGAUAUGAUCAUAUUUAUAUCAUAUACUAGCUGUUCCCAGCCUCAUGUUGCUGUGGCGAAGGGUGGUAGUAUGGGAAAUUAAGUACUGAGGAAUUGGUGGUAUUUCUGGUUGUUCCUUUUUUUUGUCUGUUGGAGGCAAGUAUGAAUGCUGCAAUUAGCCAGAAUGAUUAGCAUUUAAAGGUCUUUCAGCUUCAAAUGCUGGCUGCUUCCUCCCUGGGGGAAUCCUUUGUUGGGAGGUCUUAGCUGGCCCUGAUUGUUUCCUGUCUGGAUUUCCCCUGUUUUCAGAGUGUUGUUCUUUAUUUACUGUUCUGAUUUUUGAGAUUAUAUUGUUCUGCUUUAUUAUACCACAGUAAUGUUUAUAUAUUAUAUAUUAUUUUUAUAAUAUUAUUUGCUUUGAACUGGAUUAUAUGAGGCCCCUUUCACACAGCUGUAUAAAAUCCUCACUGAACUGGAUUAUAUGGCAACGUGGACUCAAGAUAAUCCAGUUCAAAGCAGAUACUGUGGAUUAUCUGCCUUGGCACUCUGGGUUACAUAGCUGUGUGGAAGGGCCUUGAGUCCUAUAAAUCGUGGUGAAUUCUCCCCAAACCUGUCCAGUCUGUUCACUUGCUGAUCAAUUCCUGUGUUUGCUGUGUACCAUAGGAAAGGGUAGGAAAGGGUUAAGGGAGAGGCAGUGGGCGGGGUCAUGCAAAUGGAGAGAGAAAGGAACUCUGAGAUGUGCUCACUGUAACCUGAAGUGUCCUCGGAGGGAGUGACUUGAUGGCUCCUCAGCACUGGGAACCGUAAUGGCCUGUUUGUGGAGGCCGGAGGCUGUCUGUUGAGCGGACACCCCUGCCACAUACACACACACACACAUAUUUUCACUUUUAUUAUGUGUAUAGAAGAAGAAGAGAGAAGGUAAUAAUAAUAAUAAAUAAUAGGUAUGUAAAAUCUGCAUAAAGUACAUACAAAGGUGCCCCAAUCGUAUAACACUUAUCAUAACCUCACUCAACGCCGUGAUGGACUAGUCUUUAAAUAUUCUACCUAGAUAUUCUGUGAAAGACAUCCGGUUAUUUUGAAAACAUUGUAUUGUUUUAUUUCUAAGGAGACAAGUCAAUCUAUGUAUUUUCAUCUUUGCCUCUCUUCAGCGAGACCCAAAUAAAUAUAUUCAUACCUUAUACCUAUAUCUGAAUUGAAGUUGCUUUGGGUCUAAUUGAAUACAGGGAAAGAUAUAAAUAAAUCUAUAUCUAUAAAAGGGUAAUGAAAUUUCGGCCUAGGACAAAACAACAAAACUACACAUCCCAGAAAAGCUAAACUUGGCAGCACAACCCCUCAUCCAUGCCUCUACGUUCAUACAACAAAAAGAAAAGAAAUAUAAAGUCCUAAUUAGAGGGAGAGGAAUAAUUGUUUUUAUCCAGUUGAUGCCAGUUAGAAGGCUAAGCUCCACCCACUUGGCCUGCUGUCAGUUAGAAGGCUAAGCUCCACCCACUUGGUCUGCUGUUAGUUAGAAGGCUAAGCUCCACCCACUUGGUCUGCUGUUAGUUAGAAGGCUAGGCUCCACCCACUUGGUCUGCUGCCAGUUAGAAGGCUAAGCUCCACCCACUUUGUCUGCUGUCAGUUAGAAGGCUAAGCUCCACCCACUUGGUCUGCUGUUAGUUAGAAGGCUAAGCUCCACCCACUUGGUCUGCUGUUAGUUAGAAGGCUAAGCUCCACUCACUUGGUCUGCUGCCAGUUAGAAGGCUAAGCUCCACCCACUUGGUCUGCUGUCAGUUAGAAGGCUAAGCUCCACCCACUUGGUCUGCUGUUAGUUAGAAGGCUAAGCUCCACCCACUUGGUCUGCUGCCAGUUGGAAGGCUAAGCUCCACCCACUUGGUCCGCUGUCAGUUAGAAGGCUAAGCUCCACCCACUUGGUCUGCUGUCAGUUAGAAGGCUAAGCUCCACCCACUUGGUCUGCUGUUAGUUAGAAGGCUAAGCUCCACCCACUUGGUCUGCUGCCAGUUAGAAGGCUAAGCUCCACCCACUUGGUCUGCUGCCAGUUAGAAGGCUAAGCUCCACCCACUUGGUCUGCUGUCAGUUAGAAGGCUAAGCUCCACCCACUUGGUCUGCUGCCAGUUGGAAGGCUAAGCUCCACCCACUUGGUCUGCUGUCAGUUAGAAGGCUUAGCUCCACCCACUUGGUCUCCUAGCAACCCACUCAGCCCAGGGACACUUCAAUCAGGCCUCUUCAACACUCCCUAUAAAAUACAGAUUAUCUGAUUUCAACUGGAUUAUAUGGUAGUGUAGACUCAAGAUGAGCACCAACCCCCAGAGUCAGACACAACUGGACUUAAUGUCUGGGGAAAACCUUGACCCUUGACCUUAACUACCACCAAUUCCUCAAUACUUUAUUUCCCAGACCACCAGACUUCGCCACAGCAACGCGUGGCCGGGCACAGCUAGUCUAUAUAUAUAAAAGGGUAAAGUUGUUUGUUCCGUGACUAUAACAACACAACUAAAUGCCCUGGAUGUAUAGUUCACCUGCAAUCUAAGAGCCCUCUGAACUCCACCAACUUUGCACACUGGCGAGGAUUGGCAGUGACUGGCCUUGACAUCCAGGAGUUAUAGUUCACCCGUAUUCAGAGAACAUGGAACCCGUCAGAUGACGGAUCUGGACCAAACUUGGCACACAAAUUCAGUUGAAGUCCAAAACACCUGGAGGGAGGGCCGAAGAUGGCCCAUGCCGGUUAUAAUGUGUGCAUUUUGGAAAGGAAAGGUUAUCAAUAAGAGCACUCCUUUGUGAUGCUGGGAUAUAUAGUCCACUUGAACUUUGUCCUCCCCUUUCCCAGGUGUCUCUGGGGCCCAAGGCAGGUUUGCUUACAAGCUGCUGAGCGACCUCUUUGCCAAUUACUCCAACGCGCUGCGCCCGGCCGAGGACACGGACCGCGCCCUCAACGUCACCCUCCAGGUCACUCUCUCUCAGAUCAUAGACAUGGACGAGCGGAACCAGAUCCUGACGGCGUACCUGUGGAUCCGGCAGGUGUGGGUGGACGCCUACCUGAGCUGGGAAAGGGAGGCCUACGACGGCAUCGACUCCAUCCGCAUCCCCAGCAGCUACGUCUGGAGGCCGGACAUCGUCCUUUACAACAAUGCGGACGACCAGUUUACGGGCUCCAUGGAGACCAACGUGGUCAUCCGGCAUGACGGGCAGAUCACCUGGGACUCUCCGGCCAUCACCAAGAGCUCCUGCAAGGUGGACGUCUCCUACUUCCCCUUCGACGGGCAGCAGUGCCGGCUGACCUAUGGCUCAUGGACCUACAACGGGAACCAGAUCGACCUGCUGAACAAGCAGGAGACUGGAGACCUGACGGACUUUGUGGCCAACGUGGAGUGGGAGGUGCUGGGCAUGCCGGCCCGGCGCAACGUCAUCACCUACGGCUGCUGCUCGGAGCCCUACCCGGACGUCACCUACACGCUGCACCUCAAGCGCCGGGCCUCCUUCUACAUCUUCAACCUGCUCCUGCCCUGCGUCAUGAUCUCCUUCCUGGCCCCGCUGGGCUUCUACCUGCCGGCCGACUCCGGGGAGAAGGUCUCUCUCGGGGUCACCGUCCUCUUGGCCCUCACCGUCUUCCAGCUCCUCGUGGCCGAGAGCAUGCCCCCCUCCGAGAACGUGCCCCUCAUCGGGAAGUACUACAUCGCCACCAUGACCAUGAUCACGGCCUCCACCGCCCUGACCAUCUUCAUCAUGAACAUCCACCACUGUGGUCCCGGGGCCAAGCCGGUCCCGCAGUGGGCCAAGGUCCUCAUCCUGCACUACAUGGCCCGCAUCUUCUUCAUCUACGAAGUCGGGGAGAGCUGCCGGAGCCCCCGGCCGGAGCCAGACCCCUCGCCCAAAGCCCCGGUGGGAAGCGGAGGGGCCCGGGGCCCAGCGUCCCCUGGGGAGGCCUUUGUGGACCUGGAGGGGGUCCCCGGGGGGUCUGCGGCCUGUGCCAAGGGCGGGUGCCUCUGCCGCCAGGGCAGCAGCAUCCUCCGCAACGUGGAGUACAUCGCCAACUGCUUCCGGGACCAGAAGGCGGCCUCCAAACGGACCGGGGAGUGGAAGAAGGUGGCCAAGGUCAUGGACCGCUUCUUCAUGUGGGUCUUCUUCGCCAUGGUCUUCAUCAUGAGCGUCCUCAUCAUGGGCCAGGCCGUCUGAGCCGCCUUGUGCCGGAUCCAAGGUUGACGGGCAGGCCGCCCAGACUUACAGACGACUCCGAGCUAAGAACAACGAGGCUGAGACAACAGGAAGUGAGAGAAAUCCACUCCUGGAAGAGUUACUCCUAUCACGGGGAAAAGGUCCCUCCACUGAAGCUCUAUCUCUAAUCCUUGUUUCCGCCACAAGCCACAUUUCCCGAAAUCCCAUUCUCACAGGGACAGAAAGUGAGGUGAAUUGUUCUGAACAGAAGCACAGACAGCAAAGGAAACUCCACAGCCCUGUCCUCUCCAAAGCUUAUCUAUAUAUAUAAAAAAUAAAAUGUGCGUAAUUCCCAUGGAGUAAACAACAAAACCACUGGACCAAAUCACACCAAAUUUGGCCACAAAAGACACAGUCAUCCAAUCUAUGUCUUUCAAUUAAAAAAAACCCUAAAAAAUUAGGUCCAAAUUACAGAAAACCCUCCAAAACCAAAAAUUAAUAACCACGCAUGCGCAGAGCCUCCGGGUGGGUGGGGCUUCCUUCCCUUUUCUCAGAGUCAUCAUCAUCAUCAUCAUCAUCAUCAUCAUCAUCAUUAUUAUUAUUAUUAUUAUUAUUAUUAUUAUUAUUAUUGGGUUCCUGGGAACCAUCAAAAUGAACAAAACGUGGCAGCCACCAUUUAAAAAAACUCUACAAUCUGGACAGUAAAUAAAGAACAACACUCUGAAAAUAAGGUUAUUCCAGACAAGUAACAACCAGAGCCAGCUAACACCUCCCAAAAAAUGAUUCUCCCAGGGAGGAAACAACCACGCUUUGAAGCUGCAAGCCCAUUCAGUGCUAAUCAAGGUGACUAAUUACAACAUUCAUACUUGCCUCCAUAAACAAAAAUCCACUUAGUACGACGCCACAGCAACGCGUGGCCGGGCACAGCUAGUCUAUAUUUCUAUAGACUAGCUAUAUAUAUAUAUAUAUGAGUUACACUU